AUGGGUUUUCGGAGUUUCGCAAGGGAACUACUCUAUGUAUUAGAUGUGAUUUCGCGAAGUCAAUGCUACAAAUGGUUUCAACGCUUUGAAAAUGGAAAUGAGAGCUUAGAAGACGAAGAACACCGAAGUCGUCCUCAAGUGGUAGACGACGAAUUACUGAAGAAGGCGAUCGAGUCUGAUCCAACACAAACUACAAGAAAACUUGCCCUAGAGUUCGGAUGUUCGAAUUCGACAAUUGACGAGCAUUUACAUACAAUCGGGAAGACAAAUCGGUGCGGCAAAUGGGUUCCUCAUAAGCUGAGUGAUGAAAAUAAAGCUGUCCGUAAAUCGAAAAAAAAAUUCGAAGAGUUGGGCUGGAAAGUUUUGCCGCAUCCGCCGUAUAGUCUGGACUUGGCUCCUUCGGACUACCAUCUAUUUCGAUCGAUGCAUCACGGAUUGUCGGAGAAAACGUUCAACAAUAUCGACGAAGUCCGAUCUUGGGUCGCAUCAUACUUCGACUCACAGCCAACCAAAUUCUUUGAGGACGGCAUCCACAACCUGCAUGAUCGAUGGCGAAGCGUUGUUGAUAGUUGUGGAGAAUAUUGUUUGGAAUAA